AUGCAUUCAAUCAUAUUUAAAGCAGCCGUGGCUCUACUUGGAGUCUCGACUGCAGCGGGCUUUUCAUAUCAGAAUAGUCGGCUCUGCCUAAAGCUACUAGCACAAGGUGUGGAGGUUGAUUUACCCAACUCAACUGACUAUGAAACCGAACAACAAAACUACUGGUCGACAGCAUGCACCGCCCUCCGCCCUGACUGCAUUAUAGCUCCAAAGAAUGCUCGGGAUAUGUCAAGAGCUGUUGCUGCUAUCCAAGAAUCGAAAACAACUCGUUUUGCUAUAAAGUCUGGCGGACACUCGCCCAAUCAGCUUUUCUCCAGUAUACACGACGGAGUGUUGAUUUCAACCCGAAAUCUCAAACAAAUAACAUACAAUGAACACACCCAGACUGCCGUCCUUGGGCCGGGCUUGAAGUGGGAAGAGGCUGUUGGUGGACUAAAAGACAAGGGCCAAACCGUUGUAGGUGGCCGUCUCGGUGGCAUCGGCGUUGGUGGUCUCAUUCUAGGAGGCGGCCUUAGUUUCCUCAGCGGUCAGUAUGGCUGGGCUACAAACAACGUCGUCAACUUUGAAGUUGUGCUUGCAAAUGGCACAAUCGUGAAUGCAAAUGCUACUUCAAACCCAGAUCUGUAUGCUGUGAUGAAAGGCGGCUCUGGAAACUUUGGAAUUGUCACCGCCUUUACUGUUAAGACUCAUACUCAAGAUCCUGAGAUUUGGGGAGGCAGUAUGUUCUUUGACGGAAAUCACACCGAAAGCCUUACCCGAGCAAUCCGAGAUUUUGCAGAGUACAAUACCGAUGACAAGGCAUCGAUUAUUGGAACCGUCAAUCGCAACCCAUCAUUAAUUUGGGUCGUGUUCCUAACCUAUGACGGGCCUUCUCCCCCUGAGGACGUGUUCCGAAACUUCACCCAGAUUCCGAAUAUUCGAAAUACUGUCAAGAGACAGAGUUACCAUAGUCUAAUGCUUGCCAAUGAUGAAUAUAUUCGCCAUGGUAACCGGUUCUCCAUUGGCGCUGAAACAAGUGUCAACCCAUCAGGCACACACGGCUACGAUAUUUUCAAGUCUUUCAUUGACCACUGGAACGAUGUCACGGACGAUUUCAUCGAUAUUCCCGGUAGUGCAAGCUCACUCGCUCUUCAGCCAUUGCCACGAUCUAUCUCCACCAAAGCCAAGGAGUCAGGAGGCGAUGUUGCCGGGUUUGACCCGAGAUAUGACUACUUGCUAUUACAGAUUGCUGUCUCUUGGAACAGCUCUACAUCAGAUUCGGUAAUCGAGGCAGCCACUCGCAAAUACUAUACUGUUCAGGGUGACAUGAUUAAGCAAUUUACCAAUGAAGGCAAGCUACCAAAGGCAUAUUGCCCCCUCUAUCUGAACGACCUCAACGCCAACCAAGACUUCUGGGGACGCGUGGCCCCUUCAACGAGGGAAAAGGCUUUAGCGGUCAGGCGUGCAGUUGACCCAACGCUAUUUUUCCAGAACAGAGUUACUGGUGGGUUCCGACUCGGCUAA